AUGCCUCAGCUCAGUAGUGGCGGAGGAGAUGAUCUCGGAGCGAACGAUGAAAUGAUAUCCUUUAAGGAUGAAGGCGAUCAAGAUGAGAAAAUUCAAGAAAACGCUUUCACAGAAAGGGACUUAGCUGACCUCAAGUCGUCUCUGGUGAAUGAAUCGGAGACAAAUCAAAGUCCGAACGCAGCGGUAGGUACAAGAGAGAGAGAGAGUUCUUAUGCGCUGUUGGUAAGGUUGAAAGGGGUUGUUGAGGGGUCUUAGUAUGAAACUUUUGUCGCCUGGCCUGUUCAAAGUUAUUCUCAGGUUACUGAUCUAUGUUUACUGUCAUUGCUUUGGACACUUUCAGGCGGUCAGACGGGGACAGCAAAACGAACACAGAGGUUAUCAAGAGAAACACCGGGAGCAUCUCGACUGCGGUAAGAACUAACAAACUCCGACAGUAGCUGAAGUAGGCAAAUUGUAUCGCAGUGAGUGAAAUACGUUUCCUGAGAUUUCUGACAAUAUUGUGUGAGGUUGCAUUCCCUGGGCUACAUAGGUUAUGACAUGGUAAUAAUGUUUAAAGUAACUUCAUUCUGAAAGACCUAAUGAAAACCAAAAGUAUAUAGUAGGCUUCAGCUUUACAUUAGGUUUAUUUCUUGCCCCUAUAUGGGGCCAAUUCUGUCAAAAACACAAAUUGAUUUUUGCCUGUGCUGAACCUCACAUUUAAAGGCAGCUAAACGUUAUUUAAAAUGUAUAAAUGUGCUCUAGUUCAGUAUCAAUGUUUGAAUAUGAUAAAUCACAAACAUUUGUCCACUCAUGCAAUUACCUUAAAGGGAGUUGAAAACAUCCAUGUGGAUCAAUGACCCUCUUUUUGGACAGCCUGUAACGAUGCAUCACACAUUUUGUUACCAUCACACUCUAGACUUUAGAGAUCAGUGGCUAGCCCAAUGUGGUGAGUAACAAACAACAACAACAACAACAACAACAACAGCAACAACAAGGGAUUGGGGUUUGGCUGUUUUUGUGAUGCAAUGCAAGGUUAGGGCUGUCACUUUGUCACACAAAUAUGUGACAGUAGUAAAACAAGUCUGUAACCUACAAUUUGUCGAAGAACUCUCUAUCAUUAUUUGUUGAAAAUACUUUUGCUUAUUAUACCAGUUUUAACUACAGUAGGCUAAAAAGUUAUUUGGAAGGUAAGUGAACAAGAGAAAACAUAUUAUCUCACAUCUUUGUCUCACUCCACAGUUUCCAAACAUCAAGAUGGAGGAAUGCAUAAAACACUGUAUCCAGGGUACCCGUUUCUCAUGCUGCCCGACCCAUACAUCCCCAGCGGAUCAGUGUCACCAUCUGUAAGUCCACAACACGUUACCUUCCACAUCGCA